AUGAAUGGCAUGAUGGCCCAGGAAACAUUGCACUCUCUGACCCAGACAUGGCUGGAGUGGGAUAAGGACCCCGUUACCGUUGCAGAAAUCAAGCAACUGCAAGGUGCUGGAGCUGAAGAUGAACUGGAGCGCCGUCUUCGCCACCGAAUCGAGUUUGGCACUGCUGGUCUCCGUGGCCGAAUGGGUGCGGGAUUCUCCUGCAUGAAUGCUUUAACUGUGAUCCAAGCUUCACAGGGGCUGGCCAAACAUAUCCAGACAAGACGCUCUGAGGUUGCUUCCAAAGGUGUGGUCAUUGGCCAUGAUGCGCGCCACAAUUCUCGACGAUUUGCUGAGCUUGCUGCCAAUGCCUUCAUCGCGCUUCGGAUUCCAGUGUGGUUCUUUGCAGAGCCGUCGCCCACGCCUACUGUGCCAUUCGGAAUCAACCACUUUAAGGCAGCGGGGGGCGUCAUGAUCACCGCCAGUCACAACCCACCUCAAGAUAACGGUUACAAGGUCUACUCAAGCAAUGGUGCUCAGAUCAAUCGCCCCGAGGACGGAGAAAUUGCACAGUCCAUUCGAGAAAAUCUAGAGCCCUGGCCGACAGCUUGGCAAGAGCUGCAGUCUAGUGAACAUUUGCAUGAUGAUGCAUAUCAGCAGCUCCUGUCUCCGUAUCAGGCCCGAGUCAAGGAAUACGCGCUUUCUACUGUCUCAGGAUUGGGUACAUUGAUUCCCUUUGUUUACACACCUCUUCAUGGUGUUGGGGGCCUAGUCCUUCCGGAACUUUGUCGCUCGUUGGGCGUGGAAAGCUUUGUUUCUGUGCCUCUACAAACUGAACCCGACCCCGACUUCCCGACGGUCCAAUUCCCGAAUCCCGAGGAAGCUGGGGCGCUUGACCUUGCAACACAAUCUGCAGAUCAAAACGGGCGGACGUUGAUCAUCGCUAAUGACCCGGAUGCAGAUCGUUUUGCUGCGGCAGAAAAAGUCAACGGAGAAUGGUUUCUGUUUACUGGAAACCACGUUGGGGUCCUUCUGGCUUCCCAUAUCCUUGAUUCUUUAGACCCGAAGGACGUCAAUAAGGAAACCGUGUUAACUACCACAGUAUCCAGUGGCAUGAUCGAGAAGAUGGCAAAAUCUAGGGGUGUCCAAUUCAAAGAGACGCUUACGGGCUUCAAAUGGAUGGGUAAUGUUGCCCGAGAUCUUGAAGCAGUGGGCAGACAUGUCCCAUUUGCGUAUGAGGAGGCCCUUGGCUACAUGUUCCCAUCCGUGUGCUACGAUAAGGACGGCAUCACUGCCGCUGCUGUCUUCCUGGCUGCCACUGCCAAGUGGAAGGCCCAAGGGAUGACAGCAUAUGCGAAGCUCCAGCAGCUUUUCACUCAAUUUGGUCACCAUGAAACGUUGAACAAUUAUUUUCGAUCGCCAAGUCCAGCGCUGACCACUGAACUGUUCAAGGGGAUCAGAAGCGGCUCGUUCCUAGCUAAUAUGAAACUUGGGCCUAUGAGAAUUCUUCGUUGGAGAGACCUGACCGAGGGCUAUGACUCCAGUUCUCCCGAUAACAAGCCUGAUCUACCUGACGACCCUACCAGCCAAAUGUUGACGCUGUGGCUCGAUGGGGGAGUCCGGUUUACAAUUAGAGGUUCUGGAACGGAGCCGAAGGUUAAAUUCUACAUUGAGUGCUGCGGUUCCUCUCGUGACGACGCUGUCAAAGCAGUCUGUGAUACCUUCCUUGCGAUCCUGGACCAAUGGGUCAAGAGGUUCACUCCUUCCAUGACCCAUAGUCACCAGCUUCUUACAUCAUCUGGCCAUGUUCUAAAUCUCAAAUAG